CGUUGAUGGACGCUACCGACUGACACACCUACGGGGGCCGGAAACGGGACGAAAACAGCUCACGAAAUAAGCCCCGCCUCCUUGGAGUGGACGAUUUAAGGAAAACCUGAUGAAGAUCAUUUCUGACAAUGGAAGGUUUGACACAUUCAGGACCUUGUUGCAGAUGCUGGAGAAGAUGGGUGCGGAGAAUGCUGAUGAGGUGAAGAUGCUGGAGGGUCACAUUGAGCAUCUGAAAGCUGAAAUUACAUCACUGCAGCAUCAAAAAGAAGAAAUUGACAGGGACGCAAUGUUCCACUUUAAAGGACCAAUGCUAGAUGCACUGCUUAUUGUGUGUAGGCAGACACGAGACAAAGAUGAGGAGGUGGUGAUGUCCAAGCUGAAGGAGGAGGUGGAGGAGUUGGAAAAGGACUUACGACUGCAGACUGAGAUGAAUGGCAUCAUUGUGGAGAACUGCAAGAUAAAAACUCUCUUUAGAACUGCAUAGCUUAGUGGGAAAUCACAUAGGGAGUGCGAUGAGCUUCAUCCACCUUCAUCCUUAGGUGCCA